GGCAAUUGUAGCAACAGAAUGUGAAAGGAACGUAAAAUUGUAUUAACAAUGGAAAAUGAUCAUCUGGCGAUUGUUUAUGUUGCAACCGAAGAAAAGGAAUUGACUCUUACAAUUACUUGUGGACAAACAAUUGAAGAUCUAUGUCUCAAGGUCUGUAAAUCACUUGGGAUAGGUCCAAUUGCCAGACACCUCUUUGCUCUUCGAAAUCAUUAUACAAAACUUUGGUAUCCAUUAGCAUAUCAUGUAGAACUGAAAGACAAAAACAAAUUUGAUUUUAGGUUAAGAUUUAAACCUUCAAGCAUACAUAGAUUAAAACAGGUUGAUAGAAAUGCCUAUGAUUAUUAUUUCCAACAAGCACGCUCAGAUGUCAUGGAUAAUAAAGUGCCAGAUAUUGUUUAUGAGAGACAUAAACAAGAACUAAUUGGGCUAGGUGUUAGUGAUAUGUAUAGAGUAAUGUUAGAAAAAAAGAUACCAAGAGAAACUGUGGAAUCAGAGUACAGAAAAUAUAUUCCUAGAGAAUGUAUAAAACAUCAUGGAUUUUUCAUUAAAAAACCAAUUCAUAAUGCACUUUGUAAAAUAUCUGGAUAUGAUGCAAAUUAUGUUAAAGAACAAUAUUUAAAGCAAUUUGAAUGUAUGGCACCAAAUUACCCGUAUGAAGAGUAUGAAGCUUUAAUGGACCGAAGUUUUCAAAGUCCUGCAGCAAAAGUGACUUUAAGAGUCAAUGUAGAUGAAGUAAAAUAUUGUGAAACAACUACUUCUCCAUGGAUUACAUUGUGUGCAAUUGAAGAUUUAUGUUUUGUUUCUAUAAGGCAAGAUAAUACAGUGGAAAUAUCAAGAAAAAAUGGUAUACCUUCAUAUCUAAAAUUUUCAAAAAAUUCACUUUUAAUGUCCUUUGUUUCUGCAUUGGAUGGUUAUUAUCGUCUAGCAGUUAAAUGGACAUUUAAUUUAUGUGGAGAGAUUGUCACUCCUUCCUUAGAAAGAUUACAUAAAUUGAAAUGUCAUGGUCCAGUUGGGCAAGAAUUUUCGUAUACAAAACUUCAUCAAAAACGUGCUAAUAAACCAGGUUCUUAUCUACUUAGAGAAAGUGAUACGGAGUAUAAUGUUUAUUACUUAGAUGCAUAUAAUAAGGAAAGAAAACUAUUUUCAAAAAAAAUAGAAGAAAGGAUUUCAGAUGAUUUCAUUAUUACUGGUAUUCCUGUUCGAUAUAAUUCAUUGGCACAAUGUAUCUCAUCAUUUCAAGAUUCUGAAGGACAGUCAUAUUUAUCAGAAUGUUUACCACCUUCAGAAUAUGAUAAAUCACCCUUAUUACUUUGUGCUCCUGAGAGUGCAAUUAGUGAAGUCGCAGCUGAUGAAGAAAUUGUUGCUUCAGUUUUAGAAACUGGACCUCGUUGUGUACCUCAAAAUCAAUUAGAAAUUUACAAACCUUUUUUAAGAAGUACUAGGAGUCAACAAUAUUCCCCAACAACUCUUCAUAGAGCAAUUUGGAGGUUAACAAAGGGGAAAAAAUUAGAAGUUGCUCUUAAAAUUUUAAAGCAAGAACAAGAAACAAAUUAUACAAAAGAAUUUCUUGAACUUGCUGGGAAAUGGUCUCAAUUACGUUCAGGUACUCUUGUAAGGUUGUAUGGUUUAACAGUAACACCAUCCAUUGGAAUGCUUUUGGAAUUGGUACGACUUGGUUCCCUUGAUGAAUAUUUACGCAGUUCUUCUUCUCAAACUAUUAAAACUGUAGACAUGGUAGAAGCAACAGCCUGUUUAGCUACUGCUCUUUGGCAUCUUGAAGAGAAUGGUGUAGUUCAUGGUAACAUUAGGUGCAAUAAACUGCUAGUACAUGCCCAUACUAAUAACAGCUUUGUGGUAAAACUUGCCGAUCCGGGAAUAUUUGUAUAUACAGAAACUGAUAUCCAUUGGUUACCACCAGAGACUUAUAAUGAUCCAGAAUUAGCUAGGCAUAGUUUUCAAGCAGAUGUUUGGGCUGUUGGAACAACAAUUUGGCAAAUAUUUGCUAGAGGAGCUAGAUUACAAGAAUUUCCAAAUGCUGCUACAUUGAAAAAAUAUUAUAAAUCUGGAAAACGUUUGCCUAUUCCAAAUGGUUGUCCUAUGGAAGUUUAUAGAUUAAUGUAUGAAUGUUGGGGUGAUUCAACUGGUUUUAGAAAACAACCUCAAGCAAUUAUGAGAGAUAUAAAUCAAAUUUUAUAUCAAGUAUACAAUUCUCGCAGAAGUCAUGCUUACGCAACGGCUUUUCCUAAAUUAUUUAGCCCUGAAUUAAAAAAAUUUGAACAAGAUAACUCUGAUUCUAGUGAUAAUAGAUCAAUAAAUAGUGAAUCAAGAAGUAAUAGUCUUUCUACAGACAUUAUAAGUCUCCCCUGGAAUGAUAUUGAUGACAGUAUGCAGGGCUUAAUCAACACCAGUGAUAACUUUGUGGGUAGCACAGAAGAUCUCUUUGCAUAUUUAGGUUGGUUAUCUAAUGCAAGAAGAGAUUCAGAAGGUUGUUCAAUUUCUCAAAAUAACAUUCCUAAUAUAAAUUGUAUUGAACACUCCACUCAAGCCCUUCGAAUAGGACAUCCUGGUGAUUUAGGAGAAGUGAUGGGGAGAAAUGAAACUGAAACUGGAGAAAAUUGUGGAUCUGGAGGAAGUAGCAAUGGUUCUUUAGGUCAAAUGCGAGGCAUUUAUGAAUUAGAUAUCGAUUGCAACGUAAUUUUACAAGGUAGAAUUGGUCAAGGUUUUUAUGGAGAAGUUUAUAGAGGAACAUUGGAAAGAGAAAAUGGGAAAGACAUUGAACCACAACAAGUUGCUAUAAAAAAAUUGAAAACAAGAGCACUUGAUGCGGAUAUAAGAGAUUUUGAAAGAGAAAUUGCUAUAAUGAAGACUUUGAAACAUCCAAAUGUAGUAGAAAUUCUUGGAGUAAUAUCAGAACCUGAAGUUUGUUUAGUAAUGGAAUAUGUAAAGCAUGGUUCAUUACAAAGUUAUUUAGCAAUUCAUAAACAAGAAUUAACACAUAAAAGACUAUUAGGUUUUGCUUUAGAUAUUGCAACAGGAAUGGAUUACUUGGGUAGUAUGAGUAUUGUUCAUAGAGAUCUUGCUGCAAGAAAUAUUUUAGUUGCUGAUGAAAAUAAAGUUAAAAUUAGUGAUUUUGGACUAGCCCAAGUUACUGGAAAAAAUGAUUAUUAUAUUUUAAAGACUGAUCGAGGCCUUCCUAUUAAAUGGUAUGCUCCAGAAAGUAUCAGAGAUGGAAAAUUUUCUACUCGAUCAGAUGUAUGGUCUUUUGGUGUUACAAUGUAUGAAACAUUUGGCUUUGGAGAAGAACCACGUUUACCUGGUCUUGAUUCAAGUUCAGAGCGUCUACAAAAUGAACAAGAAAAAGCAAGCACUGAAUUGUUAACUGCACUAGAAAGAGGCACUCGUCUUCCUUGUCCAUCUACCUGUCCACAAACAAUUUAUGUAAAACUUAUGUAUCCCUGUUGGCAUUUACAAAGUCAUCAGAGACCAGAUUUUACAACUCUUUGCAAAGACAUUAAAGAUCUUCUUGCUCAAUACUAAAGAAUAAAGGCAAAAAAUAUACAAAUACAGUAAUGCUUGGUUAAAUUUAACCAAGUUCAGAAGCCAGCAGUUGAAUUCUUCCGUGCAGGGUAACUUUUUUUCUAGGAAUCGACUCGAGCAUUGUCAGAUAAAGAAGAAGUGAUAAUGGAAGGAACUGAGAUAAAUACAGCACGUCGACAGUAAUGGUAAAAAUUGGACACUUCAAUCGGUUAUCACAUCAGAAAGAUUUUAUUUUUCCUAGUUUUUAUGUUAUCUUUGUAAUACUGAUACAAAUGCAAUGAUUCCUACAGAUAAAAUGAGUUGGUAAAAUGGUUAAACUACUACGACUUCAUCGAGUUCAGUAAUUUCUACAUAUGAUGUAAACGGCAUUACUUCAAAUAACUUUUUUUUCUUUGAAAAAAUUGGUGGUCAAUACUAAUUUCCGAGAUAUUAGUAAAAAAAAUGACUGCUAAUCAUUACUUUUAUCCAUACGUAUACAUCCGUAAACUGAUAUUUAUAAGGCAAGAUAUAGUCUGUAUACUAGUUACACGUCGGAUAAAAUCAUAAGGAACAUCGAUAUAUACUUAUCGACGGUUUGAUUAUACCGGCUAUUCUUCAAAGGAAUGACAAAUAAGUAAUAAUUAACAGUAGAAAAAUUUUUUAAAAUAAAAUAGGAUUUAAGUAUUUCUUGUUUCCGAACCGUGGGGUGCUUGCAGCCCGAAGCACUAACUUUAUUAUCGCGUGAAAAAAGAUCGAUAUUGAAUUCCAAUUUAUCAAGAAGAUUAAGUUAUUCAUCAUUUUCUAUGUAGAUGCUAUUAAUCAUUUUUUUAUAUUUAAAUAAUUUGCCGAUAGGUAGUUGUUAAUGGUUUAUGCAAUUUGAUCUGACGCAUAUUUAACGUAUAAGUGGUCUGUUCGCCUCACGAAUACACACAAAGGCAAACUUCAAUACAUUAGUAACAAUCUUCCCUUAUUAAUUGUUUGAGAGAGAAAGGUUGUUCAGAAUAACCUUUUUUAUAACAUAUUUCAAGCCCAUCGAGAUCGAUGAGGAAAUAGUACUUUGAUAAUUUUAUCGUAAAUUUAAGAUUAUGUAGAAAUUUUUACCAUUUUAAUUUUAAUA